CUCUGUGCCCUGGCCUGCAACUAGCAGUUUCCCCCAGCUCCUGGCCCAGUCCAAUCUGUCCAUGCUGUCCUCAAGUCCUGCUUCCUGUACAUCUCCCAACCCUGACAGAGACAACCCAGACAAGAAGGUCCACUGGGCUUCUGAGAGGAGAAGGAGAACGUCAUCCACAGACUCAGAAUCAAAGACUCACUUGGACAUUUCUAAGUUGCCCAGGUCCCGGAGACCCAGCCGGCUGACGGUGAAGUAUGACCGAGGUCAUCUGCAGCGCUGGCUGGAGAUGGAGCAGUGGGUAGAUGCUCAGGUUCAGGAGCUAUUCCAGGGUCAAGAAGCUCCUUCUGAGCCUGAGAUUGAUCUGGAAGCUCUCAUGGAACUAUCCACAGAGGAGCAGAGGACUCAGUUGGAGGCCAUUCUCCAAGACUGCCCCUGUGACAGAGAGCCUUUCAUCUCUGAGCUGCUCAGUCAACUCAAGAAGCUUCGGAGACUCAGCAGGCCUUCGAAAUAAUACUGGAGAGACCAUCUUCUGUAGCCUCAGCCCUGCCCUGGAUGCUGGCUGAAAGGUCUUCAAUACA